AGGAAGUAACAGGAAGUGAAGCUCCAGAGAAACAACCCGGCUCGCAGGCAGCGUCAGGCCGAGAUCCGCGCUCCAUUCACGGCUUCAUGUAGCUUCAGUCUCCGCUGCUCCUCUUCCUCUUCUUCUUCCUCCAGCUGCUGCUGCUUCUGCUGCUGCUGUUGUUGUUGUUGUUUUUGUUGUUGUUGUUGUGACUCAGUCCGACCUGAGGUUGAUGGUUUGAAGACAGCACAGGAGGUGAAGUCAGGCUUUCUGCAUGGAGACUCCCAGUGAGCGGAGGAGGCUGCUGGAGGACGGCGGAGGAGAGGAGGACCCGGCCGGACUCAUCUCCGAGCAGGACGCUUACCUGAGCAAAGUGAGGAACAGGAACUUGUAUCUGGCCACGUUUGCGUCCGUCCUGGGGCCGAUGAGCUUCGGCUUCGUGCUGGGCUACAGUUCCCCGGCGCUGCCUGAGCUCAUGCAGAUCUCGGACCCGCGGCUGCGGCUCGACGCCGUGCAGGCCAGCUGGUUCGGGUCCAUAGUGACGGUGGGGGCGGCGGUGGGGGGGCUGCUGGGCGGCUGGAUGGUGGAGAAGAUCGGCAGGAAGCUCAGCCUGAUGUUCUGCUCGCUGCCCUUCGUCUUCGGCUUCACCAUCAUCAUCGCGGCGCAGAACGUGUGGAUGCUGUACGUGGGCCGGGUGCUCACCGGCCUCGCCAGCGGGGUCACGUCCCUGGUCGUCCCGCUCUACAUCUCUGAGAUGGCCCACGAGCGGGUCCGCGGCACGCUUGGCUCCUGUGUGCAGCUCAUGGUGGUGCUCGGCAUCAUGGGAGUUUAUCUGGCAGGUCUCUUCCUGGACUGGCGCUGGCUGGCGAUCUGCUGCUCCGUCCCCCCCACGCUGCUGAUGGUGUGCAUGUGCUUCAUGCCCGAGACGCCUCGCUUCCUGCUGUCCCAGGGGAAGCGGCGCGAGGCCGAGGAGGCCCUGCGCUUCCUGCGGGGGCCGGACGCCCCCGUGGAGUGGGAGUGCGCCCGCAUCGAGAGCGGCUGUGACGAGCGGGGCUCGGGCUUCCAGAUGUCCGACCUGAAGGACCCGGGCGUCUACAAGCCGCUGGUGAUCGGCAUCAUGCUGAUGAUCUUCCAGCAGUUCACGGGGAUCAACGCCAUCAUGUUCUACGCUGAGACCAUAUUUGAACAAGCACAUUUCAAAGAGAGCGACCUGGCGUCGGUGAUCGUGGGUCUGAUUCAGGUCGUGGUCACUGCGGUGGCGGCGCUGAUCAUGGACAAGGCCGGAAGGAAAGUGCUUCUCAUCAUUUCAGGAACUGCCAUGGUGGUCAGCACCACCUCGUUCGGAGUUUACUUCUACCUGAUGUCCAGGAUCCACGAUGGCGGCACCCCCCCGCUGAGCCUCCUCGGAGCCGAGCCGCACUCGGACCUGACCUGGCUCGCCCUCGCCAGCAUGGCCGUCUUCAUCGCAGGUUUCGCUCUGGGCUGGGGUCCGAUCCCGUGGCUCAUCAUGUCGGAGAUCUUCCCCGUCAAAGUGCGGGGGGUUGCCAGCUCCAUCUGCGUCCUGACCAACUGGAGCAUGGCGUUCCUCAUCACCAAAACCUUCCAGGAUAUGAUGAUACUUCUCACCAGCGCUGGAACCUUCUGGUUGUUCGCCUCCAUGUGCAUCCUCAACGUCAUCUUCACCAUGGCCUUCAUCCCCGAGACCAAGGGCAAGACGCUGGAGCAGAUCGAAGCCACGUUCAGAGGAGCCUCCGGUCGGUGAGCCGGACCAGCAGCUGCAGGAAAAUCCUCUGUGAACAUUCAGCGUGAAACAGUUUGAAUUCUUCACAAACAGCUGCAUGAUCUGAAAAGUGAUUUUAAAAAAUGGACUAAGACGCUCGGGUGAGCGCGAGCAGACAAACGACCUCCGGAGGGAAACUGUGACCUCGGUGAGGAAGACGCUACCUCCAAGGACACAACUCGACACUGCCCCCUGCAGGCCUCACCUCUUAACUGACAUGCAGGUUUAAAUUCUCCUCUGGCGUGUGGGACAGUCUGAAGUUUUAAUAUAUGCACUAACUAUGUUGUUUUAAAGCUGGGAUUCAUGAACACAGGAACAGUAUAAUGGGUUAAGUAUCUGUCCUUUGUUACUAAAGGUAAAACAUUUAACUUAAACCAAAGAAAGGAGACUAAGUGAGGGCAUUACAGUUUAAUGGGUUCCGGGGUUGUAUUUUGGGGAAAGAAACUAAAAUGUUUAUGGAUUUUCUUUGUAUUUUCUUCUCUGUUCUUUUUAUAAUAUCAGUCUGAGAAUUAUUAUUCCCAAACUGAUUUUUACUAAGAAAAUAUGUUUGAUUUAACGAAUUUAAAAAUACAUUUUUUUCCACUUUUAAUUCAGUUUUAAAAAAUCCCAUGAUUAUGUGGAUGAAUAAUGUGUCAAACACUAUCAUCAGUAGAAUUAUAAAUUGUAGAGAUAACAUGGAUGUGUAUUUUAAAUAUUUUCUCUUGGGAUAAACUUUUUUUUACAAUUUAAAUAAUUAUUAAUAAUGAUCGUGGUGUUUGCUAUGAGUUCAGUGAAGCUAUGAAACAGAGACAAUAAAUAAAAGUUCACUCUAGGUUGAGUCUGAACAGGAUCGAAUGAA